AUGGCUGCGAUGAAACAGAAAACUAAGAAAUUAAACAGAGGGGUGGUCGCUGUUUGUUUGUUAGCCAAUAUUCGGCCCAUUCUGUCGUACAAUGGGAUAGAACUAUUUUGGGGAGAUACAUUUUGGGAAAUAUCGGAAGAAAGAAAACCGGUCUUUACUGAAGACACUGAGGAAAAUAUAACAACAACUCACAACAAGGGCUAAAACAAGACUGGCGUUUUAAGAGGGUAAGAGAUCGAUGUGACCCGGGAGAGCUCUUCAGAUAAAGUCAGUCGAAGUCAAAACUCAACAAUAGAACAAACUCGUCAAUCAAAAAUAUGACUAAUCACGGGAAUUUAUCAACAGCCUAUAUAUGAAACAUAAAAUUUAACGAAUGUUGGUCAAGUGAUUACUACCAUGAUAAUUUGUUGAAAAAAGUAACGUUAUCAUUAUUGGUACAGACGGGCCACUCAUUACUUAUUGGCCGCAAGCGGUGGCAGUUAGGAAUAGCGACAGACCAGUAAGGCAGGGCGCAUUGGGAUACAUUUCUAAUUGAGUCAAUCCGAAAAGGUAACCAAUACCUAAUAACUGGAUAAAACAGCCCAGCAGAACAAUUACAACAGUUUCUAAGAAAUUAAAACAAAAUGACAAGGACUACACUGAUAUUAUGGGUCUGCACUAUGUACUUCGGGGUAGUUUAUGCGGUACCCCCAGAGUUCGCAGAUUUUGCGGGCCAACAAUUUUGCUCAAGGAGAUCAAGAGGUGAUCAAUGUUGCACAGGCAGAAUAGAUGAAUGUUCAAUGCCUAUAUUAGACACCGUGUGUUACUGCGAUAUAUUCUGCGACAGGCCUAAUCCAGAUUGCUGCCCGGAUUAUUGGGAAGUCUGUCAAGGAGUCCCUGCUCCCACGGCACCAAUAUCAACAACCCCCAGGCCCCCCACUAUUAUACAAAACGACUGUAUAGCAGAUGGAAGAUAUUACAACCCAGGAGAUGUCAGUAAAGUUAAUUGUCAAGAAUGCACGUGUGUAGAAAACCAGUUCAGACAAAACCAUUACUUGUGGCAAUGUGAUGGAGAAGUAUGUCUCAUCAGGGAUUCGAUCAUAGAACACGUUAACAGAGGCUAUGAAGGGUGGAGAGCCGGUAAUUAUUCUUUUUUGUGGGGAAAGACAUUAGGAUUUGGAUUAAAGUACAGAUUAGGGACAUUUUUACCGGACAGUGAUGUAAUACACAUGACGUCAUUGCGAGUGAGAGUAGACGAAAGACUCCCAUCUGCUUUUGACUCUCGUGACGAAUGGGAAGGAUCGGUGUCCGCCAUACGUGACCAGGGGAAUUGUGGGUCCUCAUGGGCCUUUAGCACAGCUGCUGUGGCCUCUGACCGACUGGCACUGCAUUCCAUCGGAUCUAUCAAUGUGGAUCUCUCCCCACAACAGCUUAUCUCUUGCAACGGUCGCAAGCAGCUGGGGUGUGAAGGGGGCCACCUGGAUAGGGCCUGGUGGUACAUGAGAAAACUAGGAGUCGUAACCGAGGAAUGCUACCCUUACACUAGUGGCCAGAACAAUGCUAAAGGAAAGUGUUAUAUCAACAGAUCUUCACUGCGAUCCAAGAAUGUUCUUUGCACCAGCAAUAGGAUUGCGUCACAGAAUAUUUACCAAUCAACUCCACCAUAUAGAAUCAGGGACGAUGAAAGAGAAAUCAUGAAAGAGAUCCUCACAAAUGGUCCUGUCCAGGCCACCUUUGCUGUAAAGGAGGAUUUCUUUAUGUACAGGGGCGGCAUCUAUAAACAUUCCAACGCACCAGAUGACACUGGGAAAGUCGGCUACCACUCAGUUAGAAUAGUCGGAUGGGGCUCAGAACAAACCUCACUUGGGGAGGAGAAAUAUUGGAUCGCUGCUAACUCCUGGGGGACACAAUGGGGAGAAAAUGGAUAUUUUCGAAUUCGAAAAGGUGUGAACGAGUGCGACAUCGAGUCAUACGUGAUUGGUGUCUGGGGUAAAGUUGACGGACGCUCUAUUAUUCGCCCAGACUUCAGUAGUCUUCUUAGCUUUAAUGACGGUCCCAUUAAGGCGGCCGCGGCUAGGGGAACUAGCGACAAAGUACGAAAGGGACACAAGCAUAGGAAACAUAAGAAAGAUAAGAAAUCUAGAAAAGCGAAGAAUGAAAAGAAAGGAAAGAAGCACCACACUAAAUCUUAAAUAGAGGCAUAUUUCUGUCUGAUUACGUCAUUGUUCGCAAGAAGGAUGUUUAUGACAGCAGAGCAUAUAUUGAUAUUUAUCAUUUAAUGAAAGUACACAUAUUGUAUACAUAUAUACAUGUACGAUGUAUAGUUUGAUGAUUUGCCUUAUCUAUGAUCAUAACUAUCUUAUUACAUCAGUUCUUGCUAUUUAAAGUGAUUGUACAGACAACAGUGUUAUAUUUUGACAAAUAACCGGACGAACGAAGCAACAAUGCGAUACAGAUAAGAUAUGCAAGGGAAAUACAUUUCCCAAACUGAUCAAACCAAGCGAAACAACUACACAUACACACAAUCCAAAUGUGUGUACCUGCGAUCUUUCAACCAGUUUCUAAAAGACCGAACCUUACCGAAUGAAAGCCACUCUAGAUGUCACUGCUCGGAACUAUCGGCCACAAUGCUGAUUUGAAAGAAAAUCCAUCGGGAAUUCGUCCUUCUAAGUAUGUAGUGAUACCGUCAUGGUUCAAACUGUGUAUGAUCAGCAUAUCGAAGUGGGUCAGCAUAUAUAAGCAUGUCAACCAAGGAAAACAAUAUUAAGUUUAAAGGCAACAAUCACUGUUACACUAGACAUCACAAAAACAACACAUGUGUAUGAAGUUGUCUAUGAAUAAUCACCCACUAUCAUUUUUGGACAAGGGAAUCAUGCAUCUGGAUUUGACACAUUGGUGCUCUCAAAUGAGGACAUUUUAGCCCACGUAUUUAACGAGGGGACGAGGAGAUCGUUUUACUGUGUUUUCCGGAGACUUAGUCUUCUGAAGAGAUAGGUCUGUUAAACAAACUAGCUCACUAUUAAUGCAUUUAUUUCAAACUUACCUCACGUAACUCAUGGACCUACAUACAUUCUGGCGAUUUAAUUGUUGGC